CCACUAUGCUUUUUUUUUCUUUCUCUUUUCUUCCAUCUUCUUCCCUUUUCACGUCAUUAUCCUAAAGUUGCAGAGUUUCACAUCCCAGACAACAAAAUGAAGAAGGGAAGGUUCAUGCUUCUGUCGGUGCUCUUAUGUGCCACCUUUCAUGUCUCCUUCUCCAUUAUCGACGGUCUGGUAGCGAACGGGAACUUCGAGUUGGGGCCAAAGGCGUCGGAUCUGAAAGGAACGGAGGUGAUCGGCGGAAGGCACUCGAUCCCGGAGUGGGAGAUCUCAGGGUUCGUGGAGUACAUAAAGUCAGGUCAGAAGCAGGGCGACAUGCUGCUGGUGGUGCCGGAGGGGGCGUACGCGGUGAGGCUGGGCAACGAGGCCUCCAUCAAGCAGACGCUGAGGGUCACCAAGGGCAUGUACUACUCCAUCACCUUCAUGGUCGCUCGCACCUGCGCCCAGGAGGAGAGCCUCAACAUCUCCGUCACGCCUGACUGGGGCCUCAUCCCCAUUCAGACGCUCUACACCAGCAGCGGCUGGGACCCCAUCGCCUUCGGCUUCAGAGCCCUCUCUCAGACCGUCCAGAUGCUCAUCCAUAACCCCGGCAAGGAGGAGGACCCCGCCUGCGGUCCUCUCAUCGACUCCGUCGCUCUCAGGACUCUCUACCCUCCCAGACCCACCAACAAGAACCUAUUAAAGAAUGGAGGGUUUGAAGAAGGACCCUAUGUGUUUCCCAACUCAUCAUGGGGUGUGAUCAUCCCCCCAAACAUAGAGGACGACCACUCUCCCCUCCCAGGGUGGAUGGUGGAGUCCCUGAAGGCAGUGAAGUACAUAGACUCAAACCACUUCUCAGUCCCUCAAGGCAAAAGAGCCGUGGAGCUAGUAGCGGGAAAAGAGAGUGCCAUUGCUCAAGUGGCCAGAACCAUCCCCGGCAAAACCUAUGUUCUUUCAUUCUCCGUUGGAGACGCAAGCAACUCCUGCGAAGGCUCCAUGAUCGUCGAAGCCUUCGCAGGCAAAGACACCAUCAAGGUGCCUUACCAGUCCAAGGGCAAAGGAGGCUUCAAACGUGCUGCCCUAAAGUUUGUGGCGGUUAGCCCUAGGACACGCGUCAUGUUCCUUAGCACAUUCUACGCCAUGAGAAGCGAUGACUUCUCUUCUCUUUGCGGGCCUGUGGUUGAUGAUGUCAAGUUGGUGAGUCUGCGUAAGCCAUGAUGAAGAUCGAGGGGAUUCCACAUGCAUACGCACGAGUUGUUUACUAGUAAAAUAUUUAUAUAUAUGUUUAAGUUCUCAGCCUUUGAUUUUAUAUAUAGUUAAUUAGGAGGAUGAUCAAUUAAGAGUUAAUGCUUCUUUAUUUAUGAGAGAUAUUGAGUAUGAUGAUUUUCAUUUUAAUAUGAAAAUAAGUGUGUAUAACAACAAGUGUCGAUCGAUCAUUUAUAGACGUAUAGUAUACAAUGGCGUGUUUCUAUGAAUCCUUUUAUGUAUUUUGAAUAAAUGAUGCGAAAGAAAUAUAGAGUAUCCA